AUGGGGAGUGUGCACAGAAAUUUCCCAAGCAGAGUGGCCAGUUUCCUAAGCAGUGUUUGUACUUUCCACUUAGAUUCUCCUGAUAAGGAAAGCGCCAUUGAAGAUGAAGAUGAGGAAGAGGACGAGGAGGAGGAGGAAGACUUGGAAGUUAAGGAGGAAAAUGGCGUCUUGGUCCUAAAUGAUGCCAACUUUGAUAACUUUGUGGCUGACAAGGACACAGUGCUUCUGGAGUUCUAUGCACCAUGGUGUGGACAUUGCAAGCAAUUUGCUCCAGAAUAUGAGAAAAUCGCCAGCACAUUAAAGGAUAAUGAACCCUCAAUUCCUGUGGCUAAGAUAGAUGCCACCUCAGCGUCCAUGCUGGCCAGCAGGUUUGACGUGAGCGGCUACCCCACCAUCAAGAUCCUGAAGAAGGGCCAGGCCGUUGACUAUGAGGGCUCCAGGACGCAGGAAGAAAUUGUUGCCAAGGUCAAAGAAGUCUCCCAGCCCAACUGGAUGCCUCCACCUGAAGUCACGCUGGUGUUGACCAAAGAGAACUUUGAUGAAGUUGUGAACGAUGCCGACAUCAUCCUGGUGGAGUUUUAUGCCCCGUGGUGUGGACAUUGCAAGAAGCUGGCACCUGAGUACGAGAAGGCGGCCAAGGAGCUGAGCAAGCGCUCUCCCCCAAUCCCCCUGGCCAAGGUCGAUGCCACUGCAGAGACAGACCUGGCCAAGCAGUUUGAUGUCUCUGGCUACCCCACCUUGAAAAUCUUCCGAAAGGGAAGGCCUUUCGACUACAAUGGCCCACGGGAGAAAUAUGGCAUCGUGGACUACAUGAUUGAGCAGUCGGGGCCUCCCUCCAAGGAGAUUCAGAGCUUGAAGCAGGUACAGGAGUUCCUGAAGGAUGGGGAUGACGUUGUCAUUAUUGGGGUCUUCCAGGGGGUCAGUGACCCUGCCUACCAGCAGUAUCAGGACGCAGCUAAUAACCUGAGAGAAGAUUACAAAUUUCACCACACUUUCAGCAGUGAAAUUGCUAAGUUCCUGAAGGUGUCUCCAGGGAAGCUGGUUGUCAUGCAGCCUGAGAAGUUCCAGUCCAAGUACGAGCCCCAGAGCCAUGUGCUGAGCGUUCAGGGUUCCACUGAGGCAUCGGCCAUCAAGGACCAUGUGAUAAAGCACGCCUUGCCCCUGGUUGGCCAUCGCAAAACCUCCAAUGAUGCCAAGCGCUAUGCCAAGCGGCCCCUGGUGGUCGUCUACUACACUGUGGACUUCAGCUUUGACUAUCGUGCUGCCACUCAGUUCUGGCGAAGCAAGGUCCUGGAGGUGGCAAAGGACUUCCCUGAGUACACCUUUGCUAUCGCUGAUGAGGAGGAUUAUACCACGGAGGUGAAGGACCUGGGGCUCAGCGAGAGCGGCGAGGACAUCAAUGUGGCCAUACUGGAUGAGGGAGGGCGGAAAUUUGCCAUGGAGCCCGAGGAGUUCGAUGCCGACGUCCUCCGGGACUUCGUCAAAGCUUUCAAAAAGGGAAAACUGAAGCCAGUUAUCAAAUCCCAGCCGGUGCCUAAGAACAACAAGGGGCCGGUCAAAGUGGUGGUGGGCAAGACCUUUGAUGCAGUCGUCAUGGACCCCAAGAAGGACGUCCUCAUCGAGUUCUAUGCGCCCUGGUGUGGGCACUGCAAGCAGCUUGAGCCCAUCUACACCAGCCUGGCCAAGAAGUACAAAGGCCAGAAGAACCUGGUCAUUGCCAAGAUGGACGCCACCACCAACGAUGUCCCCAGUGAGCGCUACAAGGUGGAGGGCUUCCCCACCAUCUACUUCGCCCCCAGCGGGGACAAAAAGAACCCAAUUAAAUUCGAGGGUGGGGAAAGAGACCUGGAGCACCUGAGCAAGUUCUUAGAUGAACAUAGCACAAAGUGGAGCCGGACCAAGGAGGAGCUUUGAGGCCACGCACUCUGCAGGACCAAAGGGCCAUGCACAGUGGUUCCGGGGCCGGUGCCGGGGCCGGCCAUUGACUCAUUGUCGGUGGCUCGGCUUUUUUUUGUUUGUUAAUUUUUUAUACUUUCAUUGUCACCUCAAUGCUCUGAAUACUGAAUAGCCAUGAAUGACUAGUGUAGGCCAGAUUUUUAUGGAGGAUACAUCUAUUUUUAUCAUUUGGGGUCUUUUUUUUUUUUUUACUUCUACUUUCUUUAAUAUUUCCUCAGAGCACCUAAGUUGAAUCUCUUCCAUGUGAGAAGUUUUUUAAUUUAAAGUUAAAAAAAAAAACUUUGCCAAGUCUCAUUGAGUUUGACUUUUGUUUUGCUAUUGUCCUAGGAACUAUUAGGGAGAUGUGACUUGGGAUUUUAGUUUGUAGUUCUUUCCCCUUGUGGGUGGCAGAGAGCUGUCCCCACCUUCCUGGGAUGACCUUUCACCUCCACCUCACUGUGCCACCACAGUCACAUCUCAGGACUUGGUGGCCCCAGUUUCCCAAACAAAUCCCACUGCCAGUGUAGAAAUGACCUUGGACACAGACAUGGAUACUUGCAAGUGGUAGAGAAGAUUGGGUAGGCUGUCAUAAUGCAAUAAAGUUUUGUGGGGUUUUUUUUGUUU